AUGGCGGGCACUACGCAGGAAAGCCUCCAGGGUUUGGUCGACUCACCUGACGGUGGUCGGAGUAGCGCUACAAGCGAGAGUAACCUCGCGUCGAAAUCGUCGCUAUUUUGGGAUGUCUGUACAACGCGGUAUUCCAAAUUAUUCGACGAAGAGGAAGCAAAGCAUUUCCAGAGCUCUGCGACAUGUCUGAUGUUGCAGUGGGUACUGAACAUCCUCUGCAACGUGGGAAACUUCACUCUCGCUUUCAUUAUCAACAUCCACCCGGAAUGCCUUCAUGGGCAGUUCAGCUGGACCACCGUGCACACAAGCAUUAACUUGGUUGUCCUCUCUGUCAGCUUGUUACUUGGCGUUGCUGGAAUUCGCCAAGGUUCGUCGGCAAAACUCUUUCAAUCCUGUGCGGGACACCUCCUCCUGAGCACGUACGAGCUUCUACUCUGUGUCCGGGAUCUCUGCAUCAUCUGCUUCUCCAUGGAACAAGACCGGCUUUAUGUUUACUUUCGCGGAGGAGCGUUUCAGCGGUCUCUCUUUGCAGGCGUCUGCGCGACCGCUGGCGUUUCCUGUUUCAUAUCCCUGCUCAACGCGUACAAACUCCGCAAGCUGAUGAAUCUCCUGCACAAGGCACUGCCUGCAGGAGGCUUCGCUGGCCAGGCGUAG